AUGGCUACAUCGGAUGGAAUAGACGGCUGUGUUCUGCAACGAGGCAGAUCUCAAAGUGACCCGAACAUACUCACCGAAUCUGGCAUCGAUUUAGUGCACAGUACAGUGGAGGUGAUGGACCAACAGAGGGUGCUGAGGACAGGCUGUUUGGUGACAGGGGUCCACACUCCACCCAUCCGACGCAACAGCAAGCUGGCCACCCUGGGGCGCCUCUUCAAGCCCUGGAAGUGGAGGAAAAAGAAAAAUGAGAAGCUUAAGCAGAGCUCCACAGAUGUAGCAUUAUCCAGCGGUCUUCUAUGCCACAACCCGAGUUCCCCCUCCCAGGGCUGCUGCUCCGACGGGACAGUCCUGCUUGGAGGAUUCGGGGGACCCCUCACCCCCAACCUCACAGUCAGCAGUGUGGAAUACCUGGGUCCUGAGGAGGAACACCCCACUCCAGUAGCUUCCCCUCUCCAGGACUGUGAACGGGUGGAGGAGAACCUGCCACCACCAGAGGACGAGGCAGAUGAGGAGGUGCCCCCUGCAGGGGACUUACCUGAGGGGCUGCAGGAUUUAGGACAGCAGAUGGAGGAGAGGCCAGAGGAGGAGAUACCUCCAGGAACCUCUCCACCACAAGUACCUCCCAAACUGCUGCCCCAGCUGAGCGCUGGAGAGGAUUCAGGCCCAGCGUCACUCCCGACUCAUCUGCCCAACUCCUACCUCCCCAAGGACCCUCCACCGAGGGUCCCAGAAAGCCUGGCCCCAAUGUCCCUGCCACUCCGUGGGCCCCUCUCCAACCCCUCGGGGUCCCCCCAUCUAGGCAAUAUGAUGCACCCUCCAAUGCCCCCUAGCUGUAUUAUGGAAGAACUGCAGAGAGCCUUCGCUUCCAAGAACAGGCAGGAGAGUGUUCACGAAGGGUGUGAGCCGGGCUCACCCCCACGGCCAUGGUGCUCUGACGGCCGGCUCUCCCGCUCCUGCAGCUCUGAGAACCAACACACAUCCACCUUGGGGGGUGGCUGUGGGGGAGGCGGAGGGGCUGACUGGCCCAAGAAGGAGGCCGAGGAGAACAAGGAGAAUGUACGGCUGGACCAGUGCUUCUCCAACACCUCAGGCCUCCCCACAGACCUAGAUGGCUGGAACGAGUCUGUCAUCUCUGGCACACUUCCUCGCAGGCUAAGGAAGGAGCUGUUGGCUGUCAAGCUAAGAAAUCGUCCCAGCAAGCAGGAGCUGGAGGACAGGAACAUUUUCCCAGCAAGGAGCGACCAGGAGCGCCAGGAAAUUCGCCAGCAAAUCGAGAUGAAACUUGCCAAGAGACUGAGCCAGAGACCGAAUGUUGAAGAGCUCGAAAGUAGAAAUAUCCUCAAACAGAGAAACGACCAGACAGAACAGGAGGAGAGAAGGGAGAUCAAACAGCGUCUGAACAGAAAGCUGAACCAGCGGCCCACAGUAGAUGAGCUGCGAGACAGAAAGAUUCUGAUCCGCUUCAGUGACUAUGUGGAGGUGGCCAAAGCUCAGGACUAUGACAGGAGAGCAGACAAGCCCUGGACACGGCUCUCAGCAGCAGACAAGGCUGCGAUCCGAAAAGAGCUGAAUGAGUUCAAAAGCACCGAGAUGGAAGUGCAUGCCUCAAGCAAACACCUAACGAGGUUCCACCGGCCGUGAAAGCAGGAAGUUUCUUCUGUGAAGAAAUGCUGAGCUUAAUUUUUUUUUCUCGAGCUGCUAGAUGCUGCUCGACGGUGAUACUUAAGAGCCUGGAGCCCUUUUGUCUUCAGGUGUCCUUAAAAUUCUUCCAGCACCCCUGGCCCUGAUCAAUAUGGGCGCAAGGGUGGGGAGAGGUGGACAGUAGUGUUUGUGGCAGUGUGUCCUGGGGAUUACUGUCUGUCUCCAUACGGAAACUGCUUGGAGGAAGAGGACUUCAGUGGAACCUCCGGAGACGAGUGCAGAGGGAAAAAACAAUCUUGUCAUUCAGUCAGUGUUGUUUUUUUUGUAUUAUUUCAUGGACUCUUUUGACAAGGCAGUGUGAAUCCUUAUAGUGGGAGGAAGUUGUGCAUGUGACCAGCUUCACCUUUUCUUAUUUGAUGAAUAAUGUGUCACUUGGACUCUGUGGGACUGUGCAGUCUGGGGGAGGGGGUGAUGGGAAUGAAUUUGAUAUUAACUGUAUAUACAGUAUGUCAAUCUGAACGGGACUGUCAGUGUCUUCACCGAAAACAGUAAAAUACCUUUGUAAGCACUACUUGUCAUCAAAAUACAAGGUCUUUUUUAAGAAUG